GGAAAGAGACAUUGUGGACAUGUUCCUCGCGCUUGUACGAUGAGAGAUAUCGAGAGAGUAGAAACACAAUUUAAUUUUAACUUUUGUUUAGGUUUUUCUCACUUUUCAGGGCUGUAUUUCAGACAGUUCUGAUACAAAUUAAACUUUCGGACCUGAGGCGCUGUCUUCAUAUUUCCAGCGUCUAAAUAACGCCGUUAAUGUAGACGGUGCUUCUCAGCUCAGCUCAUCUCAUCUCACCUCAAUUCGACCAUCUCGACCUCAGUCCACAGUAAGGAGGCCCUGUGUUACUCUGCACAUGGAGACUUACAGGAUGACCCGGCUGACGUUUUGCUAAAAUUAACUGGGCAGGAGACGAGCUGGUCGGUGUGAUGAAGGAUCGACUGGCUGAACUGACUGCUGCUAAUAGGACACAGGUAGUGGAGGAUGUCGCUGUGGCAGUGGACAGAGAUGGCUUCAUGGAGAGCUUUUUCAGAAGGGUGGAGGAAGUUAGAGGACUCAUUGAUAAGAUCGCCUACCAAGUGGAGGAGGUGAGGAAGAUGCACAGCAUGAUCCUUUCUGCGCCCAACUCAGAUUGCAGAACAAAGAAUCAACUGGAUGCACUGACCCACGAUAUCAAAUGCAACGCCAAUGUGGUGAGAGCUAAACUAAAAUCCAUGGAGCAAAGUAUGCCCAAAGAUGAUGUAGCAAACAGAUCCUCUCUUGACUCAAGGAUCCAGAAAACACAGCACACAGUGCUGUCCAGGAAGUUUGUGGAGGUCAUGACCCAGUAUAAUGAGACUCAAGUGUCCUUUCGGGAACGAAGCAAAGGAAGGAUCCAGAGACAGCUAGAGAUAACUGGAAGAGUGACCACCAAUGAAGAACUAGAGGACAUGUUGGAAAGUGGAAAUCCCUCAAUCUUCACAUCUGAUAUAAUUUCUGAUUCUCAGAUCACACGUCAGGCCCUAAAUGAGAUAGAGUCGCGACACCAGGACAUCAUGCGUCUGGAGUCGAGCAUCAGAGAGCUCCAUGUGAUGUUCAUGGACAUGGCAAUGCUGGUAGAAACUCAGGGGGAUAUGGUUAACAACAUUGAGAAGAAUGUCUCCAAUGCAGCCGAAUAUAUUUAUAGUGCAAAGGAAGAGACCAAAAAAGCAGUGAGAUACCAGAAAAAAUCCCGGAGGAAAUACAUUAUUCUUGCCUUUGCUCUGUUGAUCCUUCUCGCUGUCAUUGCACUAAUUGUUGGCCUGUCUGUUGGACUAACCAAACCCCCUGUAUGAGAACUACUACCUGAGAAACUUCUCUGCCUUGCCAUGUUUGGGGUAGCAGGUUUGCUCCUUUUAAUCAUCAUAAUAGUUGGAAUCUAUGAGUGAUGGAUUUCAUGGUUCACAACCUCACAGCAGUCAGAUGUAGUCAGCUCCCAUAGUGAUGACACUUGAACAGCUUCAUAACGAGAUAAUUAGAAAUCAUUCACUGUCUGCCCAGCAGCAUUACAGAGAGGUAAUCUCUUGAACCCAGUGAUGUAAGUAUGAUGUGUGUGAUCCACUCUUGCAACAGUAACAUCAGACCUCCAUGACACAUUGUUCUGGAGCAAUUCUAUACAGCUAGAAUUAAGCGCCUUGUCAGCACAUCUCACUUCCCCUUCGCAGUGAUGAACGCUGACAGCAUGUCAGAUUUAUACACUGGUGUGCGUUCUGUAUUGCUGCAAUUUUUUUUCAUCACUUGCCAUCACUUUCAGACAUUUCUUGGUCUAAUGACUUUAAAAGAAUAGUUUGACAUUUUGGGGAAAUACACUCUUUCGCCUUCUUGCCGAGCGUUAGAUGUGAAGAAGACUGAUACAGCUCUCAUGUCUGUACGAUAAAUAUGAACCUAUCACAAGCAGCCAGAUUAGCAGCUUAGUUUAGCACAAAGACUGGAAACAGAAAAGCAGCUAGCCUAGCUCUGUCCAAAGUUGACACAUUAAGGUUUAACAGGGUGUUAUGUGCCAACACCCAGCACAUAACCUUUUAGAAAACCAAAAUGUGUAAUUUUUACACUUCUAUUUGUGUACGGAUUAAACAAACAAGAUAUAAUGUGGUAGUUGUGUGAUUAUAUGUGUUAAUUCAUGCGUUUGUGUGAGGCAAGCACGGUUGCACUGAUUACAGUUCCACUGAAUUGCUCUCCUUCUUAAAAGACCUAAAACCAGCUGUUAAUCUUGUGCGAGUAAGGCAAGAUGAAAACUUGAGAAAAACCUCUUAAUCUGUCUUGCUACAGCGGUAUCAAUCUAAAAUAAACAGAUUUUGCUGUGAUUUAUUGGUAAUAGAAGGAUUAAAAAGAUGCCAAAAUAACUACAUCAUGAUGCCGAUUUGUAAAACGUCAAUGCUUUUCUUUUUUUUUUUAAUGGAGAUCAGCUUUUUCAGGGUUAUGCAAUGCUAGCUUGUGCUAAGCUAAGAUAACCCGCUUCAUAUUUAGCAUAUAGAGAUGAAAGUGGUAUCAGUCUUCUCAUCUUACUAUUACUGCAAAUACCCCCAAAAUGGUGAACUAGUAUUUGUAUAUUAAAAUUAUAUUGUGAUAAUUGUAAUUCUCUUUCUAAAAUGAUUGUAUAAUUUGUGUUUACAUGUUAAAGUGUAUGCUCUGUAUGUUAUCUUGUCAUGUUGUAUACUUACUGUAAGUUAUGUGAAUUGAAUUUAAAACUACUACAGCUCAGGAGAAAUUUAAAAAUGUAUAAAAAAUAUAUAUAAAAAACAAACAUAUAUUCACUAUAAGCAUUCCUAGUUAACUGUGUCUCAUGGAAUUCAUCACUCCAUUCAACAACUCUAGCCUAAAUCAGUAACAAGUGCCUUCUUGACAUGUUAACUUAUUGCUUUGUAUUUAUCAUGAUUGCUGUGUGCAAUGACUGAAAUAUUAGUUGUGAAAAAAGUCAUGCUGCAAGAUAGGAAUCUUGGACGGCGUUAUUUCAAGAGCAUUCACCGUAGCAUUUUUCAAUGAAAAUAUAUUUGUGCAUCUCCACCUAUUUGUGUGGAUUCUUUUCUACCAUGCUGUUUUACACACAAUCCACUUAUGGGUGACGUCACAUGACUUGUGUCUGUAAAACACAAUUCACGAAUAAAUGCAGAAUGAUUUGACAUUUGAAACCUUAACUUACUGAUUUGUUUUUAUCAUGAUUGCGGUGUGCGAUGACUGAAAUAUUAGUUAUGAAAAAAGUCUUGCUGCAAGGUAGCACUCUUGGACAAAGUUAUUUCAAGAGCACACAUUUUCAUUUUGAUUCUUUUGUUUUUAAGUUAUAUCCUGCAUUUUUAUAUUGAAACAGAAAAUUAAGUCAUGUAAUUAAAAAAUAAAGAGUAAAAAGUC